AUGUCCGAUCCGCCCAUAAAGCGGUAUCGCCGCGAAGAGAAGUCGGAAUCCGAAGAAGACAUCGACAAUUACGUGCCAUACGUACCUGUUAAAGAGCGUAAGAAGCAGAAAUUGUUGAAAUUGGGCCGUUUGGGCCAGGUCGCGGCAGAGGCGGCCACGGAAACUAAGAGUUCCAGUGACAAUGACCCAGAUGAUGAAGCAUCUCAGGAAGAGUGGGGCCGCAGAUACAAUGUGUCUUUACUCGACCAGCACAGUGAACUGAAGCGGAUCGCAGAGGCCAGAGCCCUGUCUGCGGCUGAACGGCAAGCAAAGGAAGAAGAGCAUAUAUUGGAGAGCGUGGCUCAGAGCAAGGCUCUUAUGGGCGUAGCUGAGUUAGCCAAGGGUAUUCAAUACUCGGAACCAAUUAAAACAUCAUGGCGGCCGCCACGAUGUGUCCUUGAAUUGCCGGAGUCGCGGCACGACCUCGUGCGGGAACAGAUGCGUAUACUGGUGGAGGGGGAAGAGGUACCCCCACCUGUGAGAACCUUCGCGCAUAUGAAGUUCCCUAAAGGUAUCCUUCAGGGUCUGGAAGCUAAAGGCAUAAAAAAGCCAACACCCAUCCAGGUCCAGGGUAUACCAGCCGUGCUCAGUGGCAGAGAUAUGAUUGGCAUAGCGUUCACUGGCUCGGGUAAAACCCUUGUGUUCACUCUGCCAAUCAUAGUGUUCUGUUUAGAGCAAGAAGUCAAAAUGCCGUUUAUUCGGAAUGAAGGACCCUACGGCCUCAUAAUCUGUCCAUCAAGAGAACUCGCCAAGCAGACACACGACAUCAUCUUGCACUUCGUCAAACACUUAAAGAUGGCGGGCAACCCGGAGAUAAGAAGCUGUCUAGCUAUUGGAGGUGUGGCUGUAUCUGAAUGUAUGGAGGUGGUACAAAGAGGUGUUCACAUCAUGGUCGCUACUCCAGGAAGGCUCAUGGAUAUGCUGGACAAGAAAAUGGUACGUCUCAACGUAUGCCGCUACCUGUGCAUGGACGAAGCGGACCGGAUGAUAGACAUGGGCUUCGAAGAGGACGUCAGGACCAUCUUCUCUUACUUCGCGGGACAGAGACAAACGCUGCUGUUCAGCGCGACCAUGCCGAGGAAGAUACAGAACUUCGCCAGGUCAGCGUUAGUGAAGCCGGUGACAGUGAACGUGGGUCGGGCUGGCGCGGCCUCCUUGAACGUCCGCCAGGAGUUGGAACUGGUGCAGGCGGAAGCCAGGACGGUACAUCUUCUGCAGUGCCUGCAGAAGACCCCGCCACCAGUGCUGGUGUUUGCAGAGAGGAAGCAACAUGUAGAUGCUAUACACGAAUACUUGCUGUUGAAAGGUGUCGAAGCAGUGGCCAUCCACGGUGGCAAGGACCAGGAAGAGAGAUCCCGCGCCGUUGAGGCGUUCCGAAGAGGGGAGAAAGAUGUUCUGGUAGCUACAGAUGUAGCCAGCAAAGGUCUCGACUUCGAGAACAUCCAGCAUGUCAUAAACUACGAUAUGCCCGAGGAUAUAGAGAACUACGUGCACCGCAUCGGGCGUACGGGGCGGGCGGGGGGCGAGGGGGUGGCCACAACACUGCUGGGGCGCGCGGCAGACAUUAGCGUUCUAAGAGACCUGGCGCAUCUACUGACAGAGGCCGGACAAAAGGUGCCUGCAUUCCUUCUGGAUAUGAUCGGGGAGCCAGACGUCCCGGCGGCAGACGGCCAGGGUUGCUCGUAUUGUGGGGGUCUCGGACACAGGAUUACGGAAUGCCCGAAACUGGAAGCUGUACAAAACAAGCAAGCCUCUAAUAUCGGAAGAAGAGAUUAUUUGGCCAAUACCGCGGCGGACUAUUAGUUUUAUUUAUUUUUCUGUAAUUUAUUU